CUCCUCCUCCUCUUCCUCCCAGAAGCCCCCUUUUUCCUGGUGGGGGGGUGGGGAGCACCCGCCCUGGCACCCUGGGGCUGCCCCCGCCGGCGCCAUGGCGUCGACCCCGAUCGGCAAGGCGUCCGACGCUGAGGCCGCCGUCGGCGGCGCGGUGGCCGACGCGAUGUCCAAGGCGGCGAAGGACGCGAUGGGCGCGGCGGCGGAGAAGGCGAUGACCCUGCUGAAGUCUGGUGCAGGGGACAUCAGCGUGUACAUCGAGAAGAACCACUACAGCAUAAACGUGCUGAGCUUCAUGGGCGGCGCGGCGCUCUCUGCGGUCUCAUUCCUGGGGUUGCUGAACUUUUUUGGUGUGUUGUUUGGCCCGUUGAACUAUGUCCUGAAGCUCUACCAGCUCGUCUUUGGCUUGACCAUCUGUGCGAUCGACGGGCCGAACGACAAGAUACCGAGAGUGCAGGCGUUCAUAGUGCAGUACACGCCAGUGCUGCACAACAACCUCGGGCGCUCUCUCUUCUAUUUGUUCAUCGCGAGCCUCGAGGGCACGCAGGACUCCUGGAUUCACAUGAUCGUAGGGUGGUACUUCUUCGGCAUCUCCCUGAUGUUUAUUGCGCUGAAGGCGAAGAGCCUCUGCGGGCCGACUGUGCCCGCCAGCGCGGGCGACGACCUGGAGGCGGGCGAUCUGAAGCAGAUGCAGGUGCGAACAGGCAAUCUGGGAGUCGGCGGUUUCGCGGUGUCCCGCGACGCCAGGGGCAGCACCUCGUUCCCGAAGCGUCGAGAGUACGGGCUGUCGGCACGGGCCAGUGGCCCGGGGCCGAGCGUCGAGUCCGGCGGGCUUUCCGUGUGCACGUGGCAAGCCCUGGCAAGAAGGGCGCGCACGGCGCCCGCGCAGGUGUGGCUGCAAGGGGGGAACGCCGGCGCCACUCGAAGCAGGGGUGUCGGAGAGUCCACAAGAGCGGGGGGCCGCGCAUGUCGUGGUGGCGAGACCGUGGGCGGCUUGAUGGUGCUAGUCGCGCUAUUUUGGCUGGUGUACGUCAGGUUCGCCCCCGGUCUGGCGACCUUGGUUCUUGCGUCCGAUGAUGAUAACCUGGGUGUUCAUGAAAACAAGUGCCUGCAGGUGGCGGUUGCGAAGCUUCGUAGAGGGCGACGCCGUCGAGACGCCAUGCGUUUCUUCGAGACGCAGUGCCAGAACGACGUGGGCUCUGGAGAAGCCGGCGCCGGGAGCGUGGGGAAAGAGAACUUGAUCGCCGUGGAAAGGUGGCUGCACAAGCAACAAGCGUUUGUGUGGGUGUACGAGGGUCGAUACGCGAGUGGCCUCAUGGAGGAUGCGCCCUGGAGGCUGUCGAUGGCACGGGGCGCCGUCGACAAGACCGCGGUACAAGGCAGGGACAGCGUGCGGGAUGCACGCGGUUCCGGGGACCGCGGGGCCGCAGAUAGACACGCUGGGGCACCCCGCGACGAUGUCCCGAGUCGACUUGGAAGCUGCGGGCAGACACGAGAGAGGGAUCCCGGCAGCGAAACGGAAGGGUGGGACAUCGCUGCCGAGCCGCGUGCCGGCAGUGCGGCGGGUCUCGCGCGCGGUCCGGAGACGACGGGGGCCGUCACUGGCGACGCGUGCGAAGCAGCGCCAGAUCACUUUCCCCCUCGAAAGGCACGCGGACGGCAGCGAGAUGAGGACGGCCUGAGCGAUGACGCGCAUGUUUCCCUGACUGCGUUGCCCGGCCUCCAGAAUCCAAAGUGGCAUUGCUUCAUGAGCGCUUCUGCGCAGGCGCUGUUCGCAGUUCCAGACGCGCGCGCCGCCGUGCGCACUGCAGGCGGGGCCCGCUCGGCCGACUGGGAGUGGUGGCGAUUCGCCGCGCGUGGGAACGUGGCGCAGAGGUCGCGCAGGGCGCCGGAUUUUGACGGGCUGCUCGCGUGCACUCUGCGGGCCAUGGAGAGUCGCGCCGGGCCGAAGCCCAUGAUGUUGAAAGCCAUGGAGCGGGUGUUUUACAACUCGACGCAGGAAGACGCGAAUGAGUUUUUACAGGAUCUGCUCGACGCAGAACGCGCGCCUACAGUAAGCAGCCUAUUUCGGAUGGAAAAGACAGAGACACUCGUCUGCGGGAGGAAGGGCCGCGGCGGCGCGCAAGAGGUCAAGGGGGACAGGCACCUGACAUGCCUGACGGUUCGAGUACUUGCUGGGGGCGUGACAUCUGUGCAAGAAGCAAUUCAGCAGAGCAGUGCCGGGGAGUUGAUGGAGUCGGACUUCAGGUGGUCCUGUCCGAAAGGGUGCGGGUGGGCGACAGCUGUGAAGGGGUGGGAAUUGACGAAGUUUCCCCAGGUGCUCUGGGUUCAUGUGGGCGCGCAGACGUACGACAGAGAGAGCAGGAGGGCAAUGAAGGUCCCGCAUACCAUUGUCCCGAAUGCAGAAGUCAUCGUGGGCGAGCACCACUACGAGCUGGCGAGCUGCGUGGUCCACCAUGGGGAAGGGUUUCGCACGGGCCACUACACCGCCAUUUGCAGGGCGACGGCUGGCGGCGACGUGAGAUGGGAACUACGCGAUGACGAAUGCGUGAAGAUGUGCCCCCAUCCGUCCGAUGCGCGCGGGUGGAAGUCUUGUCGCGACUCCUCGCUGCAUAUGUUGAUGUGCGUUCGCACGGGCCCGUCGCCCGCGCCUGGGAACAGCGCCCACGGCAGUGGAGCAGCAGACCGCGCAUCCGAGACGGCGUGCAGGGCGAGCGGCGCCCAGUCGGAGACACAGGGCGAUCGCGCUGGAGAUUGCGGAGAUGAUGCGGAAACGAUGGCGCAGAGCCUACGCCGCAGUGAAGCCUCGGAGAAGAACGUCGGCGUGAACGAAGCGGGGGUGCGCAGCGGCAGCGCGACGGCAACGGGGGGCGGUGGCGGGGAAGCGGCCGACGUAGAGAGUCUGGCGACGACGGGCCCGGCCACGUCGAGCAUGCGUUCGCUGGGCGUUGGAGUGGAGAGCGGCCCCGAGAGCAGAAAUCCAGGCCCCGCGACCGCGGCGGAUGUGCACGGGGGCGCGCGGGGCGACGCCGUGGACCGCGAGGCUCCGGGUCGUAUCGAAACCCCAGAGGCGGACGAGGCGCAGGAGUGGUUCUUUGCGGCCCGCGUGAUCCUGGACUCGCAAGUUCCUCGGAGGAACCGAGAAAAGGCCGCGGCAGAAGCGGCGGAGCUCUUGCGGGAGUCCCCGGGCGCGUCCGGUGACCUGGGAGACCCGUCCGUUCCGUGGGCGGAAGCGUUGGCCGAAGACAGUGCGGUUGAACUACCGGCUGCGCACUGCGCGUUCCGCGGCUGUCGAUGGUCGGGAAACGCAGAAGCGGAGUUGAUCGAGCACGUGGCCGCGGGGCACGGGGAAGUCCUACAGCCAAUCGCAGACACGCACUCCCCGGCACACGAGGAAAGCGAGAGGAUUCUGGCGGCGCACAGCGAAGUGGUGUCGCAGAAGACGCGACAGGCCGGCUCGGCGGGCCGGGCCGGCCCGGCGGCCUCGGCAGCUGCCUGCGACUGCCUGCCCCUCGCGGUGGCCGCCGCCGCGUCCCGCGCGACCACCCCCGCGGUGGCCUCCAGCCCGGCUGCCCGCGGCGCGCCCUGCUGCCGCGGCGGCGGCGCCGCCGCGGUCUGGGCAGGCGGGGCCGAGCCCGCGCGGGGGCGGGCCCGCGGCGUGGAGGUGGUGAUCGUCCUGGUGGUGGCCGUGGCCAACUGGCCUCCCUGGAUGAUCGAGGACGACGACGCGAGAGCCCAGGUCCUCACAGCCCUCUUCGUGGUCGGGCUCUUCGUCGUGGCCCUGGAGGAUUUCUUGGACGUCAACAAGUCCUCCGUCAUGCUCAUCAUGUCGGCGACCAUGUGGGCGUUCCUGGCAGUUGGGUACCACCCGACCAGGUCGGAGGCUGGCUACCUGCAGCUGCACGAGGAGCUCAGCAAGGGCAUACAGGACGGCAGUCGAGGAGGGCGAAGAAGAGGAGGACGUGGGCAGUGUCAUCCUUUUCCUCCUGCCCGCCAUGGGCGUCGUGGAGUCCAUCGACCACCUCGACGGCUUCGUCGUCGUGACGGUUUGGAUCAGGCGCUUGAUGGGGUGCAACAGGGAACGCCUGAUCCCCAUCAUCACCGUCCUCACCUUCUUCCUAAGCGCGGUGAUCGACAACCUGACCUCCACAAUCGUGGCCCUCAAGAUCCUGCGGCACUUUUCCGCGCAGGAUGCAGAGUUCCGCAAGCUGUGUGGAGGCCUCGCUGUCGUCGCGGCCAACGCAGGCGGGGCGUGGAGCCCCAUCGGCGACGUGACCACCACGAUGCUCUGGAAUGCCUCGGGGGGAACUCGCAGGGGAGCGUCGACGAGCAGGCGGAGGAGGACCAGCGCAAAUCCAGGA